ACAUAUGUGCUCCACAUCAAUUUCUUUAGUUGAAGCAUCUUGCACUAAAAUGCUACAUAAGUCCUUAAAGCAUCUUGCACUAAAAUGCUCUUUAUAGAAGUCAUUUUUCCUAUUUUUUUCCGGUGUUUGAGAGCAAAGUCAAUGAAAAAUAGGUGAUAUUCAAGGUAGAAGGCAGUGAUGCAAUGGAAUAGGCUCUGGUUUACAUUCCGUUGAUCGGGAAAGCGAAUGGGACGGUGAGGAGAUCAGAUAAAGAUCGUCACAGACAAACAAGCGUUUGAUACAUACUAUAAAACCCUAAACUUUCACUUCUAAUCUCUCGUCACUGUGUACGAGAUCUUAAAAUUGGGCUGAGCGUCAGAGAUGAGUUACUUGACUGCAUCUUUGUCUCCGAAUUCUUUUCAACUCCGGUUAACUUUCAGUUAUAGAAAACCAUCAAACCUAUUGGUUAGAGUGCAUGUUGGGAAGAAGGAUUACAAUCACAGGCUGCAUUUACUUUCUAUUGGGGGAAAAACUCUCGGGAGAAAUGGUAAUGGAUUGGAAAGGCAUGAUUUUUUGGUUAAUUCUGUUUCUUCGGCGGAUGAAUUCGCGGGAUGGUCCGGAGCUGAUGAAGCUGAAAGGUCGAACGAUGCUGAGGGGAAGCAGUCCAUUGCAGGGCUUUUGGGAGCAGGGGUAGCUGGCAUUGUCUUGGUAGCUGGAAUUAUCUUUGCCACUUUAUCAAUAAGCAAGCACAACAUGUCCAGAUCGAAGCAACGAAUGGAUCCCUUAAAAAAACAACAAGUAAUGACCGUUGUUGGUGAUGAUCACAUUGAUACCAUUGAAUCAAAGAGCAGUGUCCUCAACAAUAAAGUGAACGAAGAUGACAAUCUAGAAAUCAAUGGAGUUAUAGACAAUGAUCCCUUCUUACAUCCUGAAAACCAUAAAGCUGCUGAUAAUAUUCUCAGUGAUGGUAGCGACACAGGGCACACAUUCACAAAUAGUUACCCAAUUGGGAAGGCCCCCACUAAACAUGGUUCUCACAAUGAAGCGGUGAGUGAUGACACUUCAUUUGCAACUGAAGAUCUAUUUGAAACACCUGAUGCUGGAGUUCCUGAGUCAUUUAGUCACUCAAGCUUUGAAAGCAAAGAUGCUAGUUUUGCAUCUAGAAAACCAGGAUUAUUAAAUGAACAAUAUGGGGAGGACUUUGAUGAUAAACAUUCACCUCGUAUACCAGCUGUUAUACCCAGUUUAACAAACCAAAGCAUUGAACACCAAGGAGUGUCAAAUUUAAAUGAAACAGGAGACUCCUACAGUUUACGUGAUUUGCCAUCUGCUGAGGCUGUAAAUUCACAGUCUGCCUCUAUGGUAGAAUCUAUGGUUGAGGAUGUUGGCAUACAGAAUGUAGUCGAGAUUCCAACUGAAGCAGACAAUUUAGUUUCAGAAGCCCAUGAUGCAGACAUAGGUGAAUUAUCAACAACAGCAUUAGAGGGCACUGUUGUGAAUCUGAAUUCUAAAGAACAAAAAGAAAACACCCUUAACAGAUCAAUUUACAGCUUUUCAAAUUCUGAAGGUAUCUUUGUCUAUGCUGGCAUACCUGCUCGAUCUUCUGUCUCUGAAUCUCUGCAAGCACUUCCAGGGAAGGUGCUAGUUCCUGCUGCCAUUGAUGAAGUCCAUAGUCAGGCAUUAGCAGCCUUACAAGUUUUGAAGGUUAUUGAGGCUGAUGUUCAACCCGGUGACCUUUGUACUCGCCGUGAAUAUGCCCGGUGGUUGGUUGCAUCUAGCUGUGCUCUAUCAAGGUCCAUUGUCUCCAAGAUCUAUCCUGCGAUGUAUAUUGAGAAUGUUACUGAGCUUGCCUUCGAUGAUAUUACAACUGAAGAUCCUGACUUCCCCUUCAUACAAGGCUUGGCCGAAGCUGGUCUUAUCUCCAGCAAGCUAUCAAGAGGUGACAUGCAGUCAUCUUCAGAUGGAGAACAAAGUCCCAUCUUCUUUUCUCCUGAUAGUCCUUUGUCACGUCAGGAUCUUCUCAGUUGGAAGAUGGCCCUAGAGAAAAGACAGCUUCCUAUAGUUGACCAGAAGAUGUUGAAGCAACUAUCAGGGUUUAUAGAUAUUGACAAGAUCCAUCCAGAUGCAUGGCCUGCCUUGGCAGCAGAUUUAGCAUCAGGGGAACACGGAAUAAUAGCCCUUGCACUUGGAUAUACAAGGCUGUUCCAGCCAGAUAAACCUGUGACAAAAGCCCAAGCUGCAAUUGCCCUUGCAACUGGUGAAGCUUAUGAUGUUGUUAGUGAGGAGCUUGCCCGCAUUGAGGCUGAAUCUAUGGCUGAAAAGGCUGUCACUAUCCAUAAAGCUUUGAUAGCUGAAGUGGAGAAAGAUGUCAAUGCAAUUUAUGAGAAGGAACUCUCAUUGGAAAGAAAAAAGAUUGAUGCUGUGCGGAAACUAGCCGAGGAUGCAAGACAAGAAUUAGAGAAGAUGCAAGCUGAAUGGGAGGAAGAGAAUCUUGCCUUGCUGAAGGAGCGUGCUACGGUUGAUUCAGAAAUGGAAGCUUUUUCCCGGUUAAGAAGUGAGGUAGAGGAGCAGCUACAUACCCUCGUGAGCAACAAGUUGGAGAUCUCUCAUGACAAAGAAAAGCUCAAAAAACUCCGGGAAGAUGUUGAACAUGAGAGUCAAGAGAUAUCAAGGUUACAAUACGAGCUAGAGGUUGAGAGAAAAGCAUUGUCUAUGGCUAGAGCUUGGGCUGAAGAUGAGGCUAAAAGAGCUAGAAACCAAGCAAAGGCCCUGAAGGAGGCAAGAGAUCGUUGGGAGAAGCAUGGCAUCAAGGUGGUUGUCGACGAUGAACUACAGGAAGAAGCAAAUGCUGGUGUCACAUGGCUAAGUGCUGGAAAGCAGUUGACAAUUGAAGGAACCGUGGGUAGGGCAGAGACCUUGGAGGACAAGCUGAGAGGAAUCUCUGGUUAUGUUAGAGGAAAAUCGAAAGAUAUGAUUCACAAAAUAAUGGAGAAGAUACAUUUAUAUAUUACCAUUUUAAGGGAGUUGGCACAGAAAGGAUGUAGGGAGGCCGUAAUGCUAAAAGAUACUGCCACAGCAAAGAUGAGUAACUCUCUCCACUCCGUGAAGCACGGCUCUGCUGAAUUUGGGGAGGGAGUUAAGCGAUUUGCUGGAGACUGCAAACAAGGAGUUGAGAAAAUCUCUCAAAAAUUCAAAACUUAAACCUGUCAUACUUGUCAACAUCCCUUUCUUGUACUUUGGUUGGGCCGUUGGGGCCACGAUUCCUCCCCAGGAUAGUAAGAGAGUCCAUGUAGAGAACAAACCAAUCCAUGUUUUGGAACUAGAAGAAUAUCUCUGCUAAUUGUGUUUACUUUAAAAUAAUUACGGAGUACUAUACGACUACUUAUUGUAAAAAAAAAAAAAAGAAAGUAUAGUGUUCUUUGAUUUACAAUGAUUCGGAUGAUUGGGGAUUUGUUCGAAACACUGCAUAUUGCUUAACUACAUAAUUG